AUGAGAGUUCUCAAGACGUCUUUACAUUGCCUCUUUUGGGUGAACAUGUUGGAUGAUGGUACCUCUGGCAGCAACAAGUUACGGAUCUCAAAGCAAGAAUGCACAUAUGGUCGGCUCAAUGGUAUGCAUGGUGUUUGGAUCUAUUGCAGGACCGCCUUAAUUAUUAACCUUACCAUAAAACAGCAGCAGCACACUGGAUCGGAUGGAUACAAGGUUAUUUACAACCAUCAAUGGAAUGGUAUUGAGAAAUACACAAGGUAA